GCAAAGACAGCGAACGCUCAAAUGAGGCCAUGGUGAAAUGCCUCUGUGUGGCAGAGAAGCCCAGCAUCGCACGUGGGAUCACCGAGAUCCUCUCUGGCGGUCGUUCGAGAACGCGUAAUGGAGGCAGUCGAUUCGUCAAUAACUACGAGUUUUCCUACCGAUUAGAAGGCUAUCCCGGCUUCACUGAUUUUGUCGUCACCGCCGUCGUCGGUCAUCUGACUGCCAAUGAUUUUGACGAUGCUCAUCGCGGCUGGCGCUCCUGCGACGCAUUCGACCUCUUUGAUGCGCCUAUCAUCACCUUCAUCCCUCCUAAGCUCAAGGACGUGGCUCGCAAUCUGCAGAAUGAAGCUAGGACGGCUCAGAUAUUGAUGAUCUGGACGGAUUGCGACAGAGAAGGCGAGCAUAUUGGCUGGGAAGUCCAGAACGUCUGUCUCAAGGUCAAUCCACGACUAGUCGUUCUACGUGCCCGUUUCUCUGCCAUCAUUGCAAAUCAGAUACACCAGGCUUGUCAGCAUGCUGUCGCGCUCGAUGAAAGACAAGCGAGCGCGGUAGAAGCACGCAUAAUGCUCGACCUUCGUGUCGGCGCAGCCCUAACCCGUCUACAGACUUUCAAUUUUCAGGCUGCCUUUCCGGAACUUCAAGGCUCCGUCAUCUCCUACGGACCAUGUCAGUUUCCUGCUCUCGGCUUCGUCGUCGAGCAGUAUGAGCGAAUGCGCAACUUUGUAGCAGAAGCAUUCUGGUCGAUACAAUCUACGCUGCGCCGCGAUGGCGCCACUGUCACUUUCAAUUGGGCACGCAACCGACUCUUUGAUCGAGAAGUGGCCGGCAUGCUUCACCAGUGGUGCCUCGAUGAUCCCGAAGCGACCAUCACUUCAGUACAGACGAAGCCAGCGAGCAAAUGGAAACCACUGCCGCUCACGACAGUGGAGCUACAAAAGUCGGGCUCUCGCAUAUUACGUUUGUCGCCUAAAAAAGUCCUCGAAAUUGCCGACGCCCUCUACCAACGAGGCAUCCUCAGCUAUCCUCGCACAGAAACAGAUCAAUUCGAUCCUCACUUCAACUUUCAGGAGCUUAUCGAAAAGCAAACGCAAGACACUAGAUGGGGUCCCUUUGCGCAAAGACUGCAUCGGGGAGAAUUUGAGCGGCCAAGAGGCGGCAGAAAGAACGAUCAUGCUCAUCCGCCUAUUCAUCCGACUGCACAUGCUAAUCUGCAAGGCGACGAAGCGCGCGUGUACGAGCUCGUCACGCGUCGCUUCCUCGCUUGCUGCCACAAGAAUGCGACCGGUCGGCAGACAACAGUGAGAGUGUCGAUAGCUCGCGAGGAGUUCAACGCUUCAGGAUUGAUUGUGCUCGAGCGCAAUUAUCUCGAUGUAUACCCUUACGAUCGAUGGGAAGGCAACGCCCUGCCUGAUUUCCAUCUCAAUGAGACCUUCUUACCUGCGACAUGCGAGCUCAAAGAAGGCAAGACAACUGGACCAAGCCUACUUACGGAAGCCGAUCUCGUCAAUCUGAUGGACAAGAACGGCAUUGGCACAGACGCGACAAUUGCAGAGCAUAUCGAACAUCUCCUUGAACGCGACUAUAUCUCCCGUGAAAAGGAUGGUCGGAGUACGGUACUUGUCCCGACGACACUUGGUAUCGGGCUGGUCGAAGGGUACAACAGACUCGGUCUUGAUAAUUCGCUCAGUAAACCUCAUUUGCGCCGCAUGACCGAACAUCGAAUGAGUCUCAUCUGCACUGGUCAGCGGACUCAGCAAGAUGUGAUCGAAGAGACAUUAGACGAGUACCGCGAAAUGUUCAUCGUCGCCCGACGUCAGUGGCAAACUCUGACAGAUACUGUGCGCGAGUUUUCGGAGCUUGGCGCGCAAGACCUGCCGCCAGAUGACGGAGCGCCGGUGCCAAUGGCCGACGUGGACGGAGACGAAGAUGACGAUGCUGGGCCGCCGCCCGCUCGCCGAGCUACAAGAGGCAGAGGCACGCGAGCGAGAGGGGCUGCGCGGGCUACAUCGAGGGCUCGCGGUCGUGGUAUGGGAAGAGGUCAAGCAUACGCUCGUAGUCCUUCGUCUGCCGUCGAUGAUCAUUUCGAUAGUGACGACGACCAUCGUUCAGCCCCUAUCGCGGCCCACCAAGAAGCUGCGGCAGAAGUGCCGCGCUGUCAAUGCGAACAAACGGCAGUUCUGCGCACUGUGAACAAGGCAACAGCAAACAAGGGCCGAACGUUCUACAGCUGCUCCAAGCCUCAAGAUUCAUCGUGUGGCUUCUUCGAGUGGGCAGACACUGCAACGCCCAGCGUCAAGCGUGAAAGGACUUACAGUCGAGCUUCGCCUACGAAGAGAGCUCGACCAAAGACUAGCCAUCAAAACGGAGAUGCUUCAGUCGCGCCUCGCUGUCAGUGCGAUCUCACUGCUACUCGUAUUACUGUGAAGAAGGACGGUCCUAAUCAAGGCAGGGAGUUCUGGAAAUGCUCAAAAGUCUCUGCAGCCAGUCAGUGCAAGUUCUUUGAAUGGAUUGAGCAGUCCGGCAACGCCGCGAUGACUUCCGGAUCGACACCGUCGACGUAUAGCUGCUAUGUCUGCGGCGAACCUCACAUGGCCAAGGACUGUCCACAGCGCGACAACCCAGAUCGGCGAGCACGAGGGAGGGGAAGAGGCCGCGGGAGAGGCAAGCGAGGUCGCUGAGAAAGCUAGCUCUCCAAUCGUGCAAUCUUGUGAGCACCGUCAAAACAAUGUUGUUGUCGUAACAAGAACACACUUUCGAGCAGAGGCGCUGACGCUCUAAUCCUGCUUGGCAUCUGGGCGAAGACCUCUGACAGUCUUGCCUGCACGCCAGAUCUCCUGGUUGUCAAUCUCGGCCAAU